AACAUGGACGUCAAAACUGAAAAUAAGGUAUCGAUACGUGGCGUUACCAGAGAAAUUUAGCCCAAGCCGACAGAAAAAUGCAACAUACAUAUGCUAUAACAUAUAUUAUAUGUAUUUCAUAACUGUAUUUAUGGAAUUAACUGAUAAGGUGUAAAUAACACAAGGGAUAAAAUGGCUGAAAGGAAUAAAAAAUGUGUAUGUGGAAAUCUUACCAAGUGGAAGACUGUAGUGGUGCUUUCUUCAUUGUUGUUUCUGUGUUUUGUGAUGCAUGUGACAGAAGCUAAUGAAGGAGAGCAUGAGAACAAAAAACAGAAGAAGGAUGAAUCAGGUUUGGAUGAUAUUAUUAAAGAUUUUGAAAGUUUUGUAGAUGAAAUGGAUGAACAUGUGAAAAAAGAUAAUUCAAAAAACUUAUUAAGAAAUAAUAAUUAUGAAACAGACACACAAACAUAUUUAGAUGAAAAACUUGAUAGAUAUGUAAAAAAUGAUAAUGAUGAAUCCUCAGUACUAGAGGAAAAUGGUGUGCAUGUAAAUAUAGAAGUUUAUUCAGGAUCUGAGCAUAGUCCUGAAAAAGAUCAAAUGCACAAAGCUAAUGAUAAAUUGCAAUCCCAAAGUCCAAAUACCAAUACUGAAAAUGAGAAAGUUACAUCUGAAAAUAUGGACAAAAAACUAGUUCAUUUAGACACAAACCCCAAACAUAAAACAGAGGAAGGGAAGACAAAUAUCCCACAUGCAGCUCAAGAAGAAAGUGUACCAUCACCAAACAAACAGCUCUCAGAUGUAAGAAAUGAAUUCAUACCUGGUCAAGAAAAUCCACUGUUUCCUAACAAUGGCCAAAUAGAGUCAUCUGAAAAAGAACCAUCCUCUACAGUCACUCCUCCAGAGCCUUCUGUCCAACCCCCAGUAGAGGAUAACCCAUCUAUCCCAUCUCCAUCAGAGGACAGCCCCUCUAUCCAAUCUCCAGUAAAGCACAGUCCCUCUGAUAAAUCUCCAGUGGAGGAAAAUUCCCCCUUUCAACCCUCAGUGGAGGAUGACCCCUCUGUCCAACCCCCAGUGAACAGUCAGUCCCUAGAAGCAAAUGAAAAGGGCAGCAUUGAAGAAAAUUUCAACAACAAAAUUCCAUUAGGCAAUCAAAAACUUAGUCAAACAAGUGAUACAUCCAAUAUUCAGGUCAAUGAGAUUGAGGGCCAAAGUUCCCUCUUGGAGAAAAAUAGCCCUAUGGAGGACAGUAGUUAUCUCAGCACCAUUAAUUUUCAUCAAGAAUCAGACCCAGAGAAAGAGAAUUAUGAAGCGAGGGAAUCAGAAAUCAAAGAGAAAAGGACAGAAAGCCAAGGAGAAUCAGAAAGUAAAGAUGAAAGUUUGGGAAGUAGUGAUGAGAUUUUUGAGAGGAUUCAGAAAUUCAGAGAAGUUCAUGGGAGACUUCCAGAUUUGGAUAAUGCCAAGGAUAAGGAAGAAAUCAUUGUUACUGAGGAGGCUGAUCAUGUUAUAGAAGAUGAGGAAGUAGAAAGUGCAUUUCCCAGUCCAUUUGAUGUAGAUGAACUAGAUAUGAACAAAGUAGAAGAGGUGUUUAGUACUUUGGAAAAGAAUGUUAAAGAGACAACCGUGUUGUACAAACCUGAUGAAUUUGGAAAAGUCAAAGUAGAGAGAUAUACGCAGACAAAGCAUAGCAAUGGCCUUGUUACUACAGAGUAUAAUGAGUUCCAUGAAGUCAGAGGGGUGAUCUUAGAAAAUCAGAGUCCUGCACAGGAAGAUCCCACAGGUCAGAGCUUUUUGGAUAGGGAUGACAUGCAGAUGUAUGAGAAUACUGACCAGGGGUAUAAUGAGGGGGAGGAGGAUACUGACACAACAUCUCAGGAAGGGAAUGAAGACAGAAAUUUAGAGGAUACUGAGGAAGAAAUACAAGAAGAACUUACGGAGGAACAACUUCAAGCCAAAGAAUAUUUUAAUAAAGGAGAAGCUCUUAUUAAUCAAACAUACAACAAAGAUCACCAACAGGCAAUGGAAUAUUUCCAGUUGGCUGCCAAAUUGAACCACACACAGGCGCUGGAACAUGUGGCUUUUGCUUAUGUUCUUGGAGACUACUUACCACAUAACAUAGAAAAAGCUAAAGUUAUAUUCCAGGAUCUGGCAGCCAGAGGGUCCCCUAAAGGACAACUGGGUCUGGCAUUCUUAUACAGCACCGGCAUUGGAGUGAAUUCCAGCCAGGCAAAGUCCCUUGUAUACUUCACUUUCGCUGCACUUGGAGGAGAUCCUUUAUCUCAAAUGGCCUUGGGUUACAGAUAUUGGUCUGGGGUAGGUGUAGAGAGGAAAUGCGAAACUGCCCUAACAUAUUACAGAAAGGUGGCAACAACAGUGGCAGAUGCAGUGACCCUCUCAGGGGGCCCCGUUGUACAGAGAAUUCGACUCCAGGAAGAGGCAGAGAAUCAGGUUACUGGACAGAGCAUGAUGAUGGAUGAUGAUCUGCUUCAGUAUUACCACUUCCUGGCAGACAAAGGGGACGUCCAGGCUCAGGUGGUGCUGGGUCAGCUGUACUUCCAGGGAGGGCGGGGUGUGGGCAUCAAUCAUGAGAGAGCCCUGCACUAUUUCCUUAUGGCAGCAGAGUCUGGUAAUGCCAAUGCUUUCGCUUUUCUUGGAAAGAUGUACUCAGAGGGCAGCCCUGCAGUAAAACAAAGUAAUGAGACAGCAUUUAAUUACUUCAAAAAAGCUGCUGACAAGGGGAAUCCUGUGGGUCAAACAGGACUGGGAAUGCUGUAUAUGUAUGGAAGAGGAGUAGAAAAGGAUUUUACUAAGGCUCUCAAGUAUUUUAGUUUAGCCGCUGACCAGGGUUGGGUAGAUGGACAGUUACAGCUGGCACUGAUGCAUUAUGGUGGUAAAGGAGUGCGCCGGGAUUACAAGUUGGCAGUCAAGUAUUUUAACCUGGCCUCACAGGGUGGACACUUGUUGGCCUUCUACAAUCUUGCUCAGAUGCAUGCCACUGGUACAGGUGUACUCAGAAACUGUCACACUGCAGUAGAGCUGUUUAAAAACGUGGCAGAGAGAGGUCGAUGGGCAGAAAUGUUGCCCGAGGCAUACAAUAUGUACAAAGAGGGUCACAUCUCCCAGGCCCUCAUGAAGUAUGUCUUCCUUGCAGAGUUAGGGUUUGAGGUGGCUCAGUCCAAUGUAGCCUAUAUGUUAGAUCAAGGGGAUACUGGGAUGUUUGAGGACACAGAGGUAUUGGAGAGGGCACUGCUUCAGUGGACUAGGGCAGCCUCACAAGGUUCCACUGUGGCCCGUGUUAAGAUGGGGGACUAUCAUUACUAUGGAUUUGGUACAAAGAUUGACUAUGAGACAGCUGCUAGUCAUUAUCGCCUGGCCUCCGAACAGCAACACAGUGCCCAGGCCAUGUUUAAUCUGGGAUAUAUGCAUGAGCAAGGGCUGGGUCUGAAACAGGACGUACACUUGGCCAAAAGGUUUUAUGACAUGGCAGCAGAAACCAGUGUGGAUGCUCACAUUCCUGUCUCCCUAGCUCUCAUCAAACUUGGUUUAUUUUAUGGUUUAGAUGUAUUUAGUAAAGAGAUUGAGGAUUACCAAAGAAUUUUUUCUAAGCUGGACCCUCGAUUUCACUUGGGACCUGACUGGGAUAUCUAUUUAAUGACAUUCCUCGCUCUUCUACUCGGAUUUAUUGUAUUACUACGCAGAGUCAGGUGACACCUACACCACUACAAUAAACAGUGAGCUAUUAUAUAACAAGAAGCCAUAUUAAUCAUUCAAAGAGAAACAGGGAAAAAAUUGUUCUUAAAAGGAAAAAAAAAUAGGAUUUCUUUGAAAAGUAAUUUUAGAUUUCCCUUUGUAAAAUUAUAUUGACUUCAAACUGUCAAAGAUUUAUGUGUGCUUUACCAGAAAUUUGUAAAACUUUUCCCUUAUUAUUUUUCAGUUGAAAAUUAAGACACUAAUCUUCAACUUUGCUAAAUGUUUCUAUAAAGAGAAAUGUGGGAGGGGGGAUUAACAAUAUGAAUUGAGCAAUUAUAAAUAUGAUUUUGUAUGUCUAAUUCUGAGCACUGAUGAGUUUGUUGAAUAUCCUUUGUGUAUAAAAGACAAGUCUACCUUUUGUAUGUAUGACUGGUGAUUUUGAAGCAAUGUAAAUUAUGUUGAGUUUUUAUGACUGCCUUCAAAAUGUGUUUUAAUAUCUAUCUACAUGUAAAUUUCUGAGUUUUCAUAUGCUGGUGUCAUUUUAACAAGUAUGUUGAUGUGUGUGCGUGUGUUGGGAAUAUGAAAGAUAUGAAUCUCUGAUGAACUGUGUGAGGAUUGGUUGUUGCUUCAUGUGUACAAAUACAGAGAAGUCUGUAUUUAAUUUGAAAUUUAUGAAAAUUAAAAAUAAUGAAAUAAUGA